AUGUCUCUUUGCUGUGGGACUUCAGAUCAACAGAUGCUCAUGAAAGGCGAAGAUGAAGCAGAGGCAACGGGGGUGGCCGUUGUUCAGUUGCCGCUUCCUAAAGGCAUCCUGCUGUUGACCUUCAGUGACUGGAGCGUUUGGCUUCAAACUUGUUUGAGCCUCACUGCAGUGAUCUACGUGUGGCUUCUGCCAUGGUUGCAGACCACAGCUUGGGCGCAUACAUGCCAACCAGAGACCGUGGAAGGUGAAGUCUGGGAAUAUCCGCACUGUGCGUAUUUGAUCGACUGGAGUUGGGUCCGGAAGAUCUUGGAGUUCCUGCAUUUCAACACUUGGUUUGAAGCAGGUGCUAGUGUCUCAGAUUACAUCGCCAAUGCUCAAGCCACAGGUGGCAUGGCAGCAUGCGAGUUUUGGCCUUGCAUGUUUUUGUACCUCCCAAAUCGCUGGGUGGAUAGCCCGGGCGCCUACAUCUCCUUGAUCAUCUUCCAGGUCUUCUUUGGUUUGUUUCUGAUGAAUCCUGUGACCUCUGGCCUUUGCAUGCACACGUUGGUGGUCGGGAUCUUUUGCAAUGCCGGCUUGGCUCACACGUUCAUCAUGGGGUUUCACUUGGAUCGCCUGCCAAGCUGGAGAGCUCGUGCUUGCAAAAUCUUCCGGGUGGGUGCCAUCCUGGGCUUUGCCGGGGUGAUUUUCACGGGAAUGGUCUGCCUCAUCAGCAGUUGGAUUGGAGCCAAUGCGCCCUUCUUCUUCUGGUUCUGUGAAUCCCUGGGGCUUAGUUCCAUGCUGUUGAUGUAUGUGAUUUCCAUGCUGGCGGUAUUGUGGACACCCUCACCUAGCGCAGUUGUAAGGAGAGCCUCCCAAAGGGCUUUGGCUUUCCCCUGCAGCUUCUUGAUCACAGUGUUUCCGCAGUGGCUGCUCUACAUCGGCAUGAUGCCGAAACAUCAUUGGUUCCGGCACGUAGCCACGCUGGCGGUGUACAGCAAUGGCUGGGUCAACUCAGCUGUUUACAGCUGGCAGAACAGACACAUUUGCGGCGUUGAUUGGAGGAGAGUGCAAAGGGUGGGAAGACACUCGCAGGAGAAUGGCCGAUCUUCCCGAUCUUCGCUUGGCCAAUCGUUUCACGUGGGCUUUGGCCGUGUGUCAAGGUUCUAUCCACAGACGGUCUCCUCAGAGGCACUGAGUGAGUCCAGCAAGGAGACAACAAAUUGCGAGGCCGCCAGCGCGGCCAGUGGUCGAGGCGAGCUGGGAUUGCACUUCGAGUUCCAUGGCGAGGGAUGUGAAGAGCUUUGUAUCAAUGCGCACAUCGACAGCUACGUUCUGCUGCAAGGUCAUGCGAUGACUUUAAGGCAAGAUGGUCUUCUGUGGUUUUCGACCAGGCCGAUUUGGCUGGAUGUUACAAACAUUCUCGGGGACAAUUGGGCAGAGGGUGGUGGAUCAAUCAGUGGGCACAUCCAAGUAGAGUACUAUCGGAGCUUUGGUCAACGCGGGCCUUGCAAGUCUCUGCAGCUACCAUUACACUCAUUACACCCGGGGCUUUGGCUGGUCUCCGAGUCGGCAGAGAGAGCUGUGUCACUGGUCCCCAUGUCCGAAAUGCGGUCCGUGCACUCUCCUUCAGAAGAAAUUUUCACGGUGCUUAGUCCAAGCCACGGUGCCUCAAGCGCAAGCAUUCAGAGCGGUGACUCCCACCGGCGAGAGGUUGAUGGUUGGGCCGCCUUCCUUAGCUGA